CGGACACCAGAUUAACGACAUGCUCAUACAAUGCUCCUUCGCUGGGAGAAAAUGUUUUCCUGACAACUUUACUCACGUUUACUCUGAGACAUAUGGAAACUGCUACACAAUACAGUAUGAGAAGUUUAUUAUGCGUAAAAAUGGGCCGCCAAAUGGAUUAGAGCUUAUCUUAUACGUGGAAUCAGCCGAAUACAUCCCUACUAUUAUGCAUGAGACGGGGUUCAGGGUGGUCGUACACCAGCAGGGCACCGUACCGUUUCCAAACGAAGAUUCUGUGAGUGUCAUGCCUGGGACCAGCACCUUUAUUGGGGUCAAACAGACUUGUCAGAGAAUUUGUGAACAGAGUGAGAUUCGAAAACAGUGUGAAUGUAUCCCCAAUUCAGAGAUAGAAAUCAACAAUACUAUUGGUAAUCCGAACAAUUUAAGUGCUUGUAAAAAUGAAACAGGUUCUAAACCAGGUUAA